AACGUGUCCCUGGUUGUGAUGCAACAGCUGCCCUGGUGGGUAUAAAUACCAGCACCUUUGCUACGUCCGAUCAUCAGGCAGGAGGAGUAAAGAGCCGAUAUCAAGCUCAGAACGAAUCCUUCAGAUUUUAAGUACUUCACCCGGUCAAGAUGAAGACGUUCCCCAUCGCCGUCGUCGCCGUGGCCCUCGUCGCCGCGUUCGUCUGUGUUCAGGAGAGUGACGCUGUUGCACCCGCUGAGAGCUCUGAUCUGGUGCAGCUGCCCACUGACUACGGCAUACUCAAUUCGGCUCAAGAUAUGCCAGGGGACUCAAUGGAUACGCCAUAUGAGUCGGCCAUGAUGCGUGGUCGCCGUCGCUGCCGUUUCUGCUGCGGCUGCUGCCCCGACAUGGUUGGCUGUGGAACCUGCUGCACAUGAAGAAAUAAAAAGCAACACAGCGUACCUAGUGCACAUGUUUUCAACCUGUUAGCACAUUUUUACAAGGUGUUUGUGGAUUAUGUGAUUGUAACACAAUGUAUUUACUUUUACUUAAUCUCUUUCAAAAACAUGAGCUGAUAUUACAACUGUAUUCGUCAACAAAUGAUAUUAUAACUGAGCAGAGAUGUGUAGAAAAAAAUGGAUAUUAAUUCUGCUUAGAUAAUUUGUAUCAUGGCUUGAAUAAUGUAUGUUUUCACAAUAAAUGUUAUCACACUUCACUAA